AGAAUCUGGAGACAUGAGCAGAAACACGGAACUGAAGAAACUUCAGAUUUUUGGGGCUGGGCCCAAGGUUGUGGGCCUAGCAAUGGGAGCAAAAGAUAAAGAAGAUGAGGUCACCCGAAGACGAAAAGUUACCAACAGAUCAGAUGCGUUUAACAUGCAAAUGAGACAACGGAAAGGCACGCUCUCUGUUAACUUUGUUGAUCUCUAUGUUUGUAUGUUUUGUGGUCGGGGAAACAAUGAAGAUAAACUGCUUUUGUGUGAUGGAUGUGAUGACAGCUAUCAUACAUUUUGUCUAAUUCCUCCGUUACCUGAUGUGCCCAAAGGAGACUGGAGGUGUCCUAAAUGUGUUGCUGAGGAAUGUAACAAACCUCGAGAAGCCUUCGGAUUUGAACAGGCUGUACGAGAGUAUACACUUCAGAGCUUUGGAGAGAUGGCAGAUAAUUUUAAGUCUGAUUAUUUUAAUAUGCCAGUUCAUAUGGUUCCCACAGAACUAGUAGAAAAGGAAUUCUGGCGUCUGGUGAGCAGCAUUGAAGAAGAUGUUAUUGUGGAGUAUGGAGCAGAUAUCUCCUCAAAAGACUUUGGAAGUGGAUUUCCUGUAAAGGAUGGUCGGAGAAAGAUGCUGCCAGAAGAAGAGGAAUAUGCACUUUCUGGUUGGAAUUUGAACAAUAUGCCUGUCCUGGAGCAGUCUGUUCUUGCACAUAUUAAUGUGGACAUCUCUGGUAUGAAGGUGCCAUGGCUUUAUGUGGGAAUGUGUUUCUCUUCUUUUUGCUGGCACAUUGAAGAUCACUGGAGUUAUUCCAUCAACUACUUACACUGGGGGGAGCCAAAGACGUGGUAUGGUGUGCCGUCUCAUGCUGCAGAACAACUGGAGGAGGUGAUGAGGGAACUGGCCCCUGAGUUGUUUGAGUCUCAGCCUGAUCUUCUGCAUCAGUUGGUCACCAUCAUGAACCCCAACGUGCUAAUGGAGCAUGGUGUGCCUGUGUACAGGACCAAUCAGUGUGCUGGCGAGUUUGUUGUGACAUUUCCUCGUGCUUACCACUCUGGAUUUAACCAGGGCUACAACUUUGCUGAAGCUGUGAACUUCUGUACUGCUGACUGGUUGCCCAUCGGACGUCAGUGUGUAAAUCAUUACCGACGGCUUCGGCGCCAUUGUGUCUUUUCACAUGAGGAGCUCAUUUUCAAGAUGGCAGCAGAUCCAGAAUGCUUAGAUGUGGGGCUGGCAGCCAUGGUCUGCAAGGAAUUGACUCUCAUGACUGAAGAAGAAAUACGAUUAAGAGAAUCUGUUGUACAAAUGGGUGUCCUGAUGUCAGAAGAAGAAGUGUUUGAGCUUGUUCCUGACGAUGAGCGGCAGUGUUCAGCUUGCAGAACCACGUGUUUUCUCUCUGCUCUCACGUGCUCCUGUAAUCCUGAGCGACUUGUGUGUCUCUACCAUCCAGCUGAUCUGUGCCCCUGCCCCAUGCAGAAGAAAUGUCUUAGAUAUCGCUACCCAUUAGAAGACCUCCCUUCUCUGCUAUAUGGUGUAAAAGUCAGGGCACAGUCCUAUGACACUUGGGUCAGUCGAGUUACAGAAGCAUUAUCUGCUAACUUCAACCACAAAAAAGAUUUGAUUGAAUUGCGAGUAAUGCUGGAAGAUGCUGAGGAUAGGAAAUACCCUGAGAAUGAUCUCUUCCGAAAACUCAGGGAUGCUGUAAAAGAAGCUGAGACCUGUGCGUCUGUGGCUCAGCUGCUUCUGAGCAAAAAGCAGAAACACAGACAGUGCCCAGAUAGUGGGAGGACUCGGACCAAACUGACAGUGGAAGAAUUGAAGGCCUUUGUCCAACAACUUUUUAGUCUUCCAUGUGUCAUCAGCCAAGCUCGGCAAGUGAAGAAUCUGCUGGAUGACGUGGAAGAGUUUCAUGAGCGAGCUCAGGAAGCCAUGAUGGAUGAAACCCCGGAUUCUUCCAAACUCCAAAUGUUGAUAGACAUGGGCUCUAGCCUCUAUGUGGAGCUACCUGAGUUACCCCGACUGAAGCAAGAGCUACAACAGGCUCGGUGGCUGGACGAAGUAAGACUGACUCUGUCAGAUCCACAGCAAGUCACUUUGGAUGUCAUGAAGAAACUGAUAGACUCUGGGGUAGGGCUGGCGCCCCACCAUGCCGUGGAGAAAGCAAUGGCUGAACUACAGGAGCUCCUCACAGUCUCUGAACGAUGGGAAGAAAAGGCUAAGGUCUGCCUACAGGCAAGACCACGGCACAGUGUGACAAGUUUGGAAAGCAUUGUGAAUGAAGCCAAGAACAUUCCAGCCUUUCUACCCAAUGUGUUGUCCCUGAAAGAAGCCUUACAAAAGGCUCGAGAGUGGACAGCUAAAGUGGAAGCUAUUCAGAGUGGCAGCAACUAUGCUUACUUGGAGCAGCUUGAGAGCUUAUCUGCUAAAGGACGCCCUAUCCCUGUGCGUCUUGAUGCACUGCCGCAAGUGGAAUCACAGGUGGCAGCAGCACGAGCAUGGAGAGAACGGACUGGGCGGACCUUUCUUAAGAAGAAUUCUAGCCAUACGUUGUUACAGGUGCUAAGUCCCCGGACUGACAUUGGUAUAUAUGGGAGUGGCAAGAACAGAAGGAAAAAAGUAAAAGAACUAAUAGAAAAAGAAAAAGAAAAGGAUCUAGACCUUGAGCCUCUGAGUGAUCUGGAAGAAGGAUUGGAGGAAACCAGAGAUACAGCCAUGGUGGUGGCAGUUUUCAAAGAACGAGAGCAAAAAGAGAUUGAAGCCAUGCAUUCCCUCAGAGCAGCCAACCUAGCCAAGAUGACAGUGGUGGACCGCAUAGAAGAAGUAAAAUUUUGCAUUUGUCGCAAGACAGCCAGUGGGUUUAUGCUGCAGUGUGAACUCUGCAAAGACUGGUUUCAUAACAGCUGUGUUCCUCUUCCUAAAUCAAGUUCCCAGAAAAAAGGAUCCAGCUGGCAGGCUAAAGAAGUAAAAUUUCUCUGCCCUCUGUGUAUGCGGUCUCGAAGGCCCAGGCUAGAGACUAUUCUUUCACUCCUGGUAUCCCUUCAGAAGUUGCCUGUCCGGUUGCCUGAAGGAGAGGCCCUACAGUGUUUGACAGAACGUGCCAUGAGUUGGCAAGAUAGAGCACGACAGGCCCUAGCCACAGAUGAACUGUCCUCUGCCCUGGCCAAACUGUCUGUGUUGAGCCAGCGUAUGGUAGAACAGGCAGCUCGAGAAAAAACUGAAAAGAUCAUCAGUGCAGAACUUCAAAAAGCAGCUGCCAAUCCAGACUUACAGGGACACUUACCUAGUUUCCAGCAAUCUGCUUUUAACCGGGUAGUGAGCAGCGUGUCAUCUUCACCUCGACAGACAAUGGACUAUGAUGAUGAGGAAACAGAUUCUGAUGAAGACAUUCGGGAGACAUAUGGCUAUGACAUGAAGGACACAGCCAGUGUGAAGUCUUCUAGUAGUCUUGAACCUAAUCUUUUUUGUGAUGAAGAGAUUCCCAUCAAGUCUGAGGAGGUUGUGACUCACAUGUGGACAGCACCUUCAUUCUGUGCAGAGCAUGCUUAUUCUUCUGCUUCUAAGAGUUGUUCUCAAGGUUCUAGCACCCCAAGGAAACAACCUCGCAAGAGCCCUUUGGUGCCUCGAAGUUUGGAACCUCCAGUGUUAGAGUUGUCACCUGGAGCUAAGGCUCAGCUGGAAGAACUUAUGAUGGUUGGAGAUCUCCUAGAAGUAUCUCUGGAUGAAACUCAACACAUAUGGCGGAUUUUGCAGGCCACACACCCACCCUCUGAAGAUAGAUUCCUGCAUAUCAUGGAGGAUGACAGCUUGGAAGAGAAACCACUAAAAGUGAAAGGAAAGGACUCUUCAGAAAAAAAACGGAAACGGAAACUAGAAAAGGUAGAACAGCUUUUUGGAGAAGGAAAACAGAAGUCCAAGGAGUUAAAGAAAAUGGACAAACCUAAAAAGAAGAAAUUAAAGUUAAAUGCAGACAAGUCAAAGGAGCUGAACAAACUGGCCAAGAAACUAGCAAAAGAAGAAGAGAGAAAGAAAAAGAAGGAGAAGGCUGCUGCAGCCAAGGUUGAACUUGUGAAAGAGAAUACUGAGAGGAAAAGAGAGAAAAAAGUUCUGGAUAUCCCCUCAAAGUAUGACUGGUCAGGAGCAGAGGACUCUGAUGAUGAGAAUGCUGUGUGUGCAGCACAGAACUGCCAGAGGCCCUGCAAGGACAAGGUAGACUGGGUACAAUGUGAUGGUGGCUGUGAUGAGUGGUUUCAUCAAGUUUGUGUGGGUGUGUCUCCAGAAAUGGCUGAAAAUGAAGAUUACAUCUGUACAAACUGUGCAAAGAAGCAGGGGCCAGAUAGCCCAGGUCAAGCACCACCUCCGUCCUUCAUAAUGAGCUACAAAAUACCAAUGGAAGAUCUUAAAGAGACCAGUUAGCAGAUGUUUGGUUAGUCUGGGACAUGGGGGAGAAGGACCAUAUUGAGACCUUAGUCAUCAAGUAGAGUGGUCUAGAUCCACUUGGAAUGUUGCUUCCAGGGAUGAAUGAGCUUCAGAGAGUCUUCCUAGUGCCGGCUUCCUGUUCGCGUGAACCAUGUGAGCUACAUUCUCUCUCAACUUAUUUAAGCAGAGGGGUCUUCUUUGGUACAGCAGCCAGUAUUUCAACUCAUGUUUCCUUGGAGUGUAGUUUACUGCAUUAUGGCCUGGCAGUUGACUGAGCUUGAGGGCUGUUGGUUGGCAUUAAUACGUCGGUUUGCUAACAGGGCACAUAGGUUGUGACUUAUGUCCGGCUGAUACUAGUUAGAGACUUGCAACAUAGGGGCGGUGCUGUCUGAAGACGCUGGUGGUUUGGAUCUCCUUUGUGGGUAUUGUUGGAGAGGAGUUGGGGUGCACUUUCCUUCCACAAUUUUCUGGCAUUUAACGCCCUAAAGGUAACAACUCGGAGGAACAGGGCCAGAGUUACUUCUGUUCGAAGUCAAGGGGUAGCGCAGUCUGUCGUCCUCAGUUUCUUGCACUUCCUUGUGCCAAGAAGAACACCCCAGGCGCGAGAACCUCUCGCCAUCUGGGGCAGAUCUCCUUGUCCUUAGGAGGAGGAGGAUGUCAUCUAGUUCAGCAAUCUGACUAGAUUGGACCCUGGGAGAAGCGCUUAUUUCAAGGCAGGAGCUUUUCUUUUUGGCUUUGAGAAGUCUUGUCUUGGGUCUACAUUUAGGGACGAGCAGGUACUUGGAUCCAGACUUCUGCACAAAAGAACAAGAAGAAGACCAGUCAGACUAUCUUUCUGAGCCACAGUGAUGCAUGCUUUUCAGGAAAGCCUUCGUUCACAAGUAUUCCAGAACCAGGCUUCAGGCAUGGCCGUGAGCAAGACCAGCAAAUAACAGCUUUUUGCCUUGCAGCCCUGACCCCACGUCUGCUUUUCCAACACUGCAGUUUCUGAAUACGGCCCACAGCAGCUGCUGUUGACUGUAGCACCAUGGCUUCCUCAGAGGAUGUGGGGUUGGAGGACCUCUGGGUGAUGAAGUUGUUUCAGUAAAUCCAUUUUUAAAAGAAAACAAAGGACUUGUUUUUACUUUUUUCUAAAUGUCUCUGACUACUGACUGUUCUAUAAAUAGAUUAUUUUUCCUUUUUUAAUAUACACAUGAAUAUAUAAAUAUAUAUAUUUACUUUUACCAGCAGCAUAUGACAGAGUUUCAACAUCAGAAAUCCAUUUGGGGGCUUGCUUUUUCUUUUUUGCUUUUUAAUAAAGAAAUCAUAUUUCUUCCUUGUAGUACAAGGAGUUAGCACUCCCUUCUUCAUCCUAGCCUGACCAGAUCGUUCAUUUUGCUUUUGUUCAGAUAGGUAAUUAUACUUCCCUUAUGUGUUGGGACCUGUCCCUGUCUGUUGGGAAAUUUGGUCUCACUCUAGUCUGUGCUGGCUGUUUUUCUUUUAUAGGUGAAUGUUUGAAACUAUGGUGCUGUGUCCUCUUCCCUCCUGCUGUGUUCUCUGUUCUUGUUAAGGUGUUAGGUAAACUGUAUGCAAACUCUUACUAGAAGGGGACUAAUUUUUUUUAAGGACAAAAAAAAUGUACUAAAAAUAGUGUUUUGUUUUCACUGUCCUUUGUCCUUUUAUUUUUGGUUUAAAAAUCUGUGGCUUGACUUAAAUUCGUCAGUUAUCCUUUUAAAGGGGGGAAUGGGGUGGACCUAGCAACAGCUUCUAGUCUCCUCUUCCCUUUAAAUGCCCCAGUCUCAUUUAAAGAAAUGUCUUCUAGUAACUAGAAGUGAAAUGUACUGUCCAGUUACAGUUUGAGUGGGUAUGAGAUUUAACUCAAAAGGCAUCUUAACUGAAAAAAAAAAAAAGCAAAAGCUUUCUUAUAAAAUUCAGUUUCUGUAAAUUUCUCUGUGGUUCAUACUACCUACUUUUCAUUGACUCUUCCUGUAAUACUGUAUAACAUUUUGAAUGUGUUGACUUGUUCAGAGCUUUGUAAGUGUUGCUGUGCAUGUGUCUUGAGAUCGCGUCUCAAGUAAUUGUAUGUCUGGUUCAAGAUAGUGGAAGGUAAUGAAUUAACCUAUUUCAUACAUCUUUGUUUUGCCAAACUAUAUGAAGUUUAUCAAAUGAAUUUCAUCUGGUUCAUGUUUCAGAAGAAAGCACAAUAUUUUUUGCCUUUUGGUCUUUGUAAAAGUCUUCAAAUACUUAUGGGUUAAAAAUUGAAUGUAAUUUAAUGCCUGGAAUACGUUUAUAAGGUUUAUUUUUCCUUCAUAAUCAUCUAUUAACUAUUCUACCAUCAGUGGAGAGAACAAGGAUGCUGAGAAAGUACGAGUAGCUUCCUGUUAUCUUCUGACAUUUUGAAACUUGUAUCAUUUACUUGAUACUGUGGGAUUUUCUGUAUUUAUUUGAAAGUCAUAAUAAUUUGGUCUACCUUGACCAGAGGUUUAGACCAAAGCUGAGAAGAACAGAAGAGAGAAAUUAGUGACAAAAUAAACAAAAAUGCAAAUCUUCAGUUUUGUAAUUAAUGAAAUGAUAUUCAUCUAUUUAAAGAAAUGUUUGUGUUCUAAUAUAAAGCAUUAUUUUCACUUAGAGGAAAUUACUUAUUAACAACUUACUCCAUUCUUCUGUAUUGUAAUAUUUUGUAUUAAAACUUGAGUUAAAAUGUUUUUUCUACCCUU